UGUUGUUUAUUUUCACUGUUUAGGGUUUCUUCAACUUCACGGCCAGAAGGCCUAGCCAUCUUCUGAAGAUUUUAGAGCUCGGAUAUAGUGUAAUGUAUAAUGAUGUUGAUAUGGUCUGGUUGGGGGAUCCAUUGCUUCAGUUAGAAGGGAAUCAUGAUGUGUACUUUACAGAUGAUAUGAUUCCGAUCAAACCACUAAACCAUUCUCAUGCUUUACCGCCACCAGGAAAAAAGGGCCGCCCUUACAUAUGCAGUUGCAUGAUUUUCCUUCGCCCUACGGGCGGAGCAAAGCUAGUCUUGAGAAAGUGGAUCGAGGAACUUCAGAAUCAACCAUGGUCUAGAACCCAGAAAUCAAAUGAUCAACCUGCUUUUAACUGGGCUUUGAUGAAGACAGCUAAAGAGGUGGAUUUAUACUUGUUGCCGCAGGCAGCUUUUCCUACAGGUGGGUUAUAUUUCAAGAACAAGACAUGGGUUAAGGAAACUAAAGGAAAGCAUGUGAUCAUUCACAAUAACUAUAUAGUAGGUUUUGAGAAGAAGAUAAAGCGAUUUCGCGACUAUGGCCUCUGGUUGGUGGAUGAUCAUGCUGAUGAAUCCCCUCUUGGUAGAAUAUGACCCUUAGAUGUCUCGAGUUUAUUGUCGGAUUUUGUUAGAGCAUUUCUUUUCGGAAAUUAGAACAUGGUUUCUGCCAAUUCAUUCAUCCUUCUAUCUGGUGGAGGGUUGAUGAAGACAUCCGAACUCUUGCUAUCAACAUGUGCUGCACCCAUACCAGCCGACAAACGAUUCCUUGGCAGACAAAGUUUGUGUUUCAUUUUUGUGCGGAAAAAGGUGCUUCAAAGAUGCUGGAUUGUAUUACAAGUCCAUAGAAGAGAAGGAUAGAAUGUAUUUGGUUCUUGUAGUUGGACU